AUGUCGCGAGCUCAGCAGCCCCCCUCGUCGGGGUCUCGCAAGAUCUCGUUCAAUGUCAGCGAGCAAUAUGAUAUUCAAGACGUGGUCGGCGAGGGAGCCUACGGUGUCGUCUGCUCUGCCAUCCAUAAGCCUUCCGGCCAGAAGGUCGCCAUCAAGAAGAUCACGCCUUUUGACCACUCCAUGUUCUGUUUGAGAACUCUGCGUGAGAUGAAAUUGCUUCGCUACUUCAACCAUGAGAACAUCAUCUCUAUUUUGGACAUCCAGAAGCCGCGAAACUACGACUCGUUCACCGAGGUGUACCUCAUUCAGGAACUCAUGGAGACAGACAUGCACCGUGUCAUCAGAACUCAGGAUCUGUCCGACGACCACUGCCAGUACUUCAUCUACCAAACACUGCGCGCUCUCAAGGCCAUGCACUCCGCCAACGUGCUGCACCGAGAUCUGAAGCCAAGCAACCUGCUGCUGAACGCCAACUGUGAUCUCAAGGUCUGCGACUUUGGUCUUGCCCGUUCCGCCGCCUCGCAAGAGGACAACUCUGGCUUCAUGACUGAAUACGUUGCCACUCGUUGGUACCGUGCCCCCGAGAUCAUGUUGACUUUCAAGGAAUACACCAAGGCCAUUGAUGUGUGGUCUGUUGGUUGCAUUCUAGCUGAGAUGUUGAGUGGCAAGCCGCUCUUCCCUGGCAAGGACUACCACCACCAGCUGACCUUGAUUCUUGACGUCCUCGGAACGCCUACAAUGGAGGACUACUACGGCAUCAAGUCGCGUCGUGCUCGGGAGUACAUUCGGUCACUCCCCUUCAAGAAGAAGGUCCCCUUCAGGACCCUUUUCCCAAAGACCUCGGACUUGGCACUCGACCUGCUCGAGAAGCUGCUUGCCUUCAACCCUGUUAAGCGCAUCACUGUUGAAGAGGCACUCAAGCAUCCGUACUUGGAGCCAUACCACGAUCCCGAGGACGAGCCGACCGCGCCUCCGAUCCCCGAGGAGUUUUUCGACUUUGACAAGCACAAGGAUAACCUGAGCAAGGAGCAGCUCAAGCAGCUGAUCUACCAGGAGAUCAUGCGGUAA